AUGGGCAUCCCCGACUUCGAUGACCUCCCAAAGGUAGAGGGCAUGCCCCAGGGCUGUGCAUGGGGCGUGUUUGACAAGGACGGCAAGAAGGAUUUGCUGGGCACGCUCAACCUUCUGACGCCGGACGUCGUCGCGGCGGCUGCAACGGAGAUCAAGGACGGAGUGUCAAUCUCCCUCAAUUGGCCUCUCAAUGGUAUCAAAAUCCCUCUGCCCGGCCGGAGGUCACCCGCUCACAAGGUCCUGUCCCUUUCCUCCAACGGACUAAUGCCGCCCGGCAGCCACGGCUGGGAUGACGAGCUCGAGUUCAACACGCAAUUCAGCAGUCAGUGGGACAGCCUGGUCCAUGUGCAACACCAGCCCUCCGGCCUGGCAUACAACGGGAUCAAGCCGACGCAGGAAGCUCUCGCAUCGCCUCAAACCACCGCGGAAAAUGGACAGCCCACCAUUGAUCACUGGCAUUCUCGCGGAGGGCUUGUCGGUCGCGGAGUUUUGAUUGACUUCAAAGCUUACAUGGAGUCCCAAUCCAAGCCAUACCACUGUCUUGAUGGCUACCGCAUCACUGUCGAAGACGUGGAGGAGGUGGCGCGCCAUCAGGGCGUCGAGUUCCGCCGUGGGGACAUCUUGAUCAUCAGAACGGGGGUGACUGAGAUCUGGGAGAACCCUACACCAGAGGACUUUGCCAAGAUGCAAAACGCGACACUGUCGGGGUUGCACGGAAUCCCUGAGACGGCAAAAUGGGUUUGGAACAAGCAUUUCUCUGCCGUUGCAGGCGAUAGCCAGUCGUUCGAGGCGUACCCGCCAGUCAAGCCGGAUGGCACAAUAGGCGGCGCUGGAGAUCUGGUCCUCCACCAAUACUUUCUUUCGCUCUUCGGCAUGCCCAUAGGAGAGCUAUGGGAUCUGAAGGAACUCUCGUCGUACUGUAAGAAGACCGGUCGGUAUUCUUUUAUGCUGACAUCGGCUCCAUUGAAUCACCCUGGACUCGUCGCCUCCCCGCCAAACGCAUUGGCCAUCUUCUGA